GGAUACUAUGUUGACAUGGGAUAUUGGAUGUGGCAAUACAAAAUUUUCUACAUAGCAUGAUAAGGCAUGGUCUGAUUUUCAUGAGAAGAGUUAUUUGUUGUAAAGUACCAGUGAUAUUCAGAGUUCGUCAGAUGUGGGUGAAAGGUUUUGCAGUGAAUUCACUAAAUAGGCUUAAUUCUUUAAGCAGGUCCAGGAAGAUAAUUGGUGGAAUAUUAGUGUUCCUAGUAUUUCUAUAUUUACUUGGUUCCAGAAUUCCCAGCAUUGGACAAAAAUCAUCACCAGUUGAUGAAACGGCUUCAUUAUGUAUAGAUGACAAUCUAAGGUUUCUAAGAGGUGAAGUUAAAAAAUAUGAUGCAUUUAUAAAUCACAACCCACAGAUUGCUGGAGAGCAAUUCUACCCAGCUUAUGUUGGAAAUGGAAAGGUAUCGGUAUCCUUGGACAGUGAGAAGGGAAUGUACAUCAGACUAAACAGGGCUUUGUCAUUACCUGUCAAAUAUUAUCCUAUAGUCACUGCACAUUUGGAUGACUAUAUUUCAAAGGAUGCAACAGUGUUAAAUAUUCAUCAUGGAAUAGCAGAAAAGAUACAGUGUUUUGAAGUUGACAAAGGGUGGAGGAGUAACUGCCUUACAGUAGAAUCCUUGGUUUAUGCCAGUAGGACUAGACCUUCUAUAUUAGUUCAAGAUAUCAAAAUCAGAAAUCCUAGUAAAAACUCAGUGGUAGUAAAUUUAGACCAGAUUGGUGAGACACAGUUGAAGGAUGCCAAAGUUAGUAAAGCUAGUACUACAGAUGCAACAGGAAUGUCUGUGGAGUAUACAUCAACUCAGGGAGUCAUCCUGAUACCAGAUUCAAAGUACAAAGUACACAUUGCUAUAGCAACAGUUAAAAUUGGUCCUUCUGUAGCCAUCAAAGCUGGAAAGUCUGUUAGAUUCCAUGUAGUAACAGCAGUUAAUUAUUCACAACCUGUCGAUUUAAAGUCAAAGGCACCAGAACACCUACAGAGGAGUGUGGAUCAGCUCUUGGAGUCAGUUUUGAAGAUAGAUUAUGCAUCACUUAGAGAAGAGCAUAUUAAAGUUUGGAGAGAUAUAUGGAAAAGUGGAUUUGGUAUCAGUAAUUCCAAGGCAACUGGUUCCUUGAAUGGAGAUAAAAUCAACACUACAAUAUACUAUGUCCUCAGUAACAUUCAGGCUCCGUUACAUGAGCUGAGUACGACCAUUGAGGAAAAGUCAAAGAUCCAGAAAACUUUACAUUAUCCAGAUAGAUGUUAUGGAGGUCACACAUUAUUGUUUUAUUCUGAAACAUUAUGGUCAGAGAUAAAAGAUGAGGAAGACAUUGCUGAUGUGACCUCUACAUGGAUGAUCACAUUAGAGAAGAAAGGAUGUAAUAUUAUUGUCAGAGCAGGUGCUGAAGGAGUAUUACAAGCCAUACUACUUAGUCUUGGUGGAUUAAGAUUUGACGACAACCAUUUGGAGAUGUCCAUGGAACCAAAGGAUCUCCAUAGAGACUUAUUAUUCCAUAGACUUAACUAUGGCAACAAUACACAUGUGAACAUAUCUGUGAUAGUAGGCAAUGACAAUAAGGCUGUCAUACGUGUAUCUUUAGAUAGAAAUGAUCGCCCAUAUUAUGCCUGUGAUGCUGGAUGUAUAGAUGCACCCAUUGCUUUAAGUAAAGAGGUAGUUCAGUUUCCUGUGAAGAGGACUGAACCAUUAACUUCCAUCCUGUAUAUAACAGCUGAUAAACAACACAUGGAGGAACUCAAACACACAAUACAUGUCAAGGAGAUUAAAGAAGCUCCAGCACAUGAACACCAUGUCAUUGCGUUACACAAACAUGGCCACCAUUUUGGAGGACUUCCAACAAUAUUUUGGGCUUCUUUAGCAUUCCUUAUAAUUAUAUUCCAUUUGUUUUUAUUUAAACUGAUAUAUAAUGAGUACUGCCAGGGACAAGAUAGGUACGGUCGGACUAGAUAUAGUGUGUGAUUGAGUGUUUCCAUGGUGACCAUGUUUUUGUUGGUAAUCUUCCAAUGGCAGCUAACUAUAGAGACAAGUGAUACAAUAUCUAGAAACAUGAUAUCAGCCCAGAAAGGCAACCAGAUAAAAGUUUGGAUCUUUCAAGUGCCUGCGUUGAGUAACUGUGUUGACAAGAAAUUAUUUCUUCUGUGGGAUAGUAUUUUAUUGAGAAAUUCAAAGUUCUCAAAGGUGCUGGAUUGUUUAAUAACCUUUCUGUCCAGUGGACAAUUAUCACUUAUUGCUGCAGACAUAUUUAACUUAGCAAUCAGUAUUAAAGUCACUAAAAAUUACCAAAAUUUAAUUAGUCAAAUUUAAAAAAAAAAUCAUUGCUGGUCCAACAAGCAUUUUACGGGUUUUGACUGACAGACAGAUGUCCUUCAUAAGCCUAGAAAAUUUAAAUUCUUCAAUUUUGAAAAAAUUCACUGUGACAGGUAUUGGAAUAGGUCUCACGGAAUUAUUGUGUUGCAUGAUCUACAAAAUGUACAAGCGUGAUCUAAUGGUGGUCUGACUUUUCAAGCAGGGUGCAAGUAGAAUAUUUAUCAUGAAAAAUCCAAGUAUUUGAUUGAAAGCAAUAAUUUUAUCUUCUUGUUUUAAUUACUUUAAUAUCAGUAUGUGAUUUUGAAAUUCUGAAUAGAAGCAGAAAAUGAAGCCUUUGUGUUGUCAUUCGUUGAUUCUAUUCCGUGUAAAAGAACUCUCUGUAUAUGUGGAAAAGAUAACAGGCCACAGCAACACUUAAUCUGUUUCUUUGAUUAGAGGAUGUUAUACAUCACACCUAUAAAAUUAAUUGAAUCAGCAAUUAACUAAAUGCAAAUUGAAUUCGGAGAUAAAUUUUUUUUUCAAUUUUCAGUGACUAUGUGAUUAUAAAUAAAACCUGGGCCUACGGUCAUACUCUUUACUCAGUGAUCUAACUACAAAUUUGUGCUCUAAACACCAAAUCCAGUAUUUGAUUGGUUGAAUUCUGAGUACGAUAAUCAUACUCCAAAUGUUUCUGACCGGAAGGCCUGGAAAUCAAAGGUUGUGAAUAUCAGCUUUUGAUUAUGAAGUCUUAAUUUCUUUGUUGCUUUCUUUUCUUUCAUACAUAUAGGUUUCAUCAUCAUUAUAAAGCACACAGACAGCACACUUUUUUUUCAAAGCAAUUUCUAAGCUUUUUUAAAGCCAUGUAAAGUUAAUAUUCUUCUUCUCACUCAAAUAAUGUUUUUCUAGCUCAGAUGUCUGGGUAUAUUUUAUGUUAGCAUUUAUUUAACAACAAUUUGGAGAUGGAGUUUGUUAUAAAACAUAUCAACCCUUUUCUCUCUUUCGCUACUGGUAUCUCUUGAGCUGCAGUAGUCUUGAGUCAGUGGAACCUUUUAUGGUUAUAAGAUGCAUUCUGCAGCAGAGACAAAUGUUAUCACCUAAAUAGAAAAUCAGAAGUCCACUUUUUUAUCAUUAAAUAGAAAUCCCAAGAAUUCUUAUUUGCCAUUGCCUGUAUUUACAUGUAAAUGUAUUCAAACUGUAUUCUUCAGGUUUGAAAAUAAAUAAUUACUAUUCAGGAGAGUAAUAAAACCAAUUUAUGUAUUUUCACAUGUUUCUUGAAAUUAUGCAAUAACAAAUGUAAUUACAAUUGUAUAUUUUUGUGGGAUAUCUUGUUUGUUAAGUAUGUGAUUGAAGUGGAUAUUUUUUGUUUAUUUAUUUAUCAUGUUUAUAUAUGCCAGUUGGUAAAUGUAGCUUAUGUGUGUAGAUUCUAAUUAGCAGGAAUUUAACAAGAACUUGGAGUAUUUUAUUUUAAGUUCAAAAUGAAAAAGCUUGUAAUGUGUAAGGAUGUAAUUGUUAUGCAUAAAUGCAAGUAGUUUGUGAAGUGUGAGGAGUUCCAAUCCAUGUCUAGAUAUUAUUAUGGCAAUAGUUGUUUGCACAUCAAGCAGUCCUUUUCAACCCUCUGUAACUUUUUUUCUAACAUUUUUUAUGCAGCUAUCAGAGAAAUUCCUAAAGCACACUGAAUGAUUUGUUUUGUUGAUUUAUUUUAAGUUUUCUGUAGUAUGUUUGACCUUGAUUAAAACUAAGAUUUUUACAGAUUGCAGUAAUUUUUCUUCGGGACAUGAAGUAAUGCACCUGCUGUUUUUAUUUUUGAUCAGAAAUAUUUUGCAUCUUUCCCAUACCAAAACAUAGAUUCAUAUUAUUUGGCAACACAUUUCUUCCUUUGAAGACACAUAUGUUUAGACAUCAAUUUUGCUUUUUAUUCAACACUCAUGACAGUAUUAAUCAACUGUAAAAGUUAGUAUCAAUUCCUAAUACAUAUUUAUAGUUAUACAAUGAUCUCUUAAAGUUUAAUAUCUGAUGCAAUUUAUAAACAUCAACAUCAUAUUUUAUAAGUCAAUAAGGUCAUAGAGUUUUAAGAAAUGAAGUUAAGACUUUUAGGGAGAUCUCUGUCAUAUUUUAGUUCAUUGAUAGCUUGUCUCAUUGGUAAUCCUCCCCUAUCUUCUCAUUUUCUCUUUCAAUACAAGUGUAAGGAAAUGUUACAUUUUUAUUAUUAGGUUGAAGGACCUGCAUAUAUUUUGCACAUGUACUGAGGUGCAAAAAAUAAGUGUGAAAUUAUUUUUAUUUCAUAGUGCUAUAUCAUAUCAAAUUAAAUGAGCUGUAUAAGCCUGUUGAAUGAAGGAUCUUCUGAUUCUAUCAUUGAUAUGUAAUGAUUAUUAUUGUUCAUGGGAUUUGAUAUAUUUGUUAUAAAGGAUUAAAAAUGUCCAUCAUCUA